AUGGAGGACGAGGAGGGCUACACGAUGCUGAAUCUGCGGCCCAAGGAGAGAAGCUCAGUGGUCCCUUCCCCAGACAGGAUCCAAGCUCACUCCCACCGACGCUGCUUUGCAGUUUCCCACUUGGUGUCUGAGAAGGGACCGACCCCGGCAGCCCCAGGGAGCGACGGAGCCGGGAGCAGAGACCCCAGCACAGUAGAAUGCAGCGCCCGCCUGGAGAAUUUCCGAUCCCAGCUGUGCCCCCCGGCCCCGUCCGGCCCAGCAGGGGGCUCCGGGUGCAAACUCUGCCCCACGGACUGGCGGCUGCGCGGGGACAAGUGCUACUGGGUCUCCAGAGAAAAUAAAAUAUGGAGCGAGAGCCGCACCGACUGCUCAGCCAGGGGCUCCCAGCUGCUGGUGAUCCGGGACCCCGAGGAGCUGGAGUCCCUACCGGCCCUGACAGGAGGCAUGUCUCUGUUCUGGGUCGGACUGUCUGUCUCCUCUCCGGAGAAGGGCUGGACCUGGCUGGACGGCUCCCUGCUCAAUCAGACCCUGUUCCCGGUGUCAGGCCCGGCUGAGGGGAACAGCUGUGGGGCGGUGAAGGGGAAUCGGAUUGAUUCUGACACCUGCAGCUCUGGAUUUCAGUGGAUUUGCCAGAGAGACGCCAUCCCGCUCUGA